CUCUCACCGGUUGAAUGACUUGUUGGGGGUUUGGUCCAAUCAAGGUGGCGAAGUGACAUAUUGAAUCAAGAGCAGGCCAUUGAAGCGUGGGAGAAUGGAGUGAUAAAUAGUUCGCUCACUUGGAAGCUGCUUGCGGCGUCGACCUUAUACAGAGCUCUAAAUCUGCGUUUCCAAGACAUCCAGCCCCCUCCAUACUGCAUAACUUCAAUUAGCCAGCCCAACAACAACAAUGAGCGACAAGCCCAGUGUCUUAUUUGUCUGCGUUCACAACGCUGGCCGCUCCCAAAUGGCUGUAGGCUAUCUCACUCAUCUCGCGGGCGACACAAUCGAGGUCCGUUCAGCCGGUUCCGCUCCGGCCAGCUCUAUCAACCCCAAAGUCGUGGAAGCAAUGCUUGAAGAAGGCAUCAACCUUGCCGACCAGAUACCGAAAGUCCUCACCACCGACGCCGUCCAACGCAGUGAUGUUGUUAUCACCAUGGGCUGCGGUGACGCUUGUCCCUUUUACCCGGGCAAGCGGUAUCUUGAUUGGAAGCUGGACGAUCCCGCCGGCCAAGGGCUCGAUGCUGUACGACCUGUUAGGAAUGAAGUGCGUCGUCUCGUGGAGGAACUUAUCAAGGAACUUCGUCCCUCUCUGCAAGAAUAG